AUGGACAGUAACUUGCCUGCACCGCCGACGGGACACCGCACUGACGAAUCUUUUGCCAAGUCCAAGCAGCCGUCUACCGUUGUAAGCGAAUUGCGCGAGAAGCUUGCUUGGUGUACUUCCCGGUUGAAUGAGACCGAAUCUCCAGAGGAGAUUGGCCAAUGGGCCGAAGCUAUCCGAUGCCUCGCUGAAGCAGCAGAUGCUGUUUACAAGUGUUCGGCUUCCCUGUGUUAA